AUGCCAUACACGAUUUACGAAGGAUUCGUCCGCCAGACUCACGCAGCCCUGAGCGCUCUCUCAAACAUCCUCCACAAGGCUGAACAACACCCCAAUGCCUCUCGAUUCCCAACGAGUCGCCUGUACGACGACAUGAAAUCGCUCAGCUACCAAGUCCUAGCAGCCACAUCUCAAACAACCCUAGCCUUGGCGAGAUUGAACAAGACAGAAGCACCAACCAUCGACCUGAGCCAAGACGUCACCUAUUCGUACGAAGAAAUGCAAACCCGGAUCCAAUCAGCACUCGCCGCAUUAGACGCGAUCGACAAGCAAUCUGUCCUCGUGAACGUGGAUAUCGUCGAGCCGACGAACCUUGGACCUUUCACUGCACCCAUGUCGGUCGAGGCGUAUUUGAGGUUUCAACAGGCCAAUAUUUUCUUUCAGAUCACCACUGCAUAUGCAAUUCUGCGCAAGGAGGGAGUGCCUUUGGGGAAGGCGGAUUAUAUUACGCCGUUUGUUCAGGUUGGUUGA